UCCGAGGACGGAUAUCGCCAUUUAUAAUAAUUCCAUUUGGAUGAUCUCAACUACGCGACGCGUCUCUUUGAUUGCAUCGGCGUCGAUCUCUCCUGGAAGUUUGCAGGAGCGAAGAGGGGAAGGAAGUUAUCCCCCAAAUCCGAUCGAUCAAUCGAGGCUUGGAAUCGGCUCCUUGCGAAGAUAGAUCUUACGGAUCUUUAUCUAGGACUUUGGACCUGGACGAGGGAUUCGCGGCUAAAACUUUGUUUUUGUUGAGGGUGGUUGUUUAGGAGCCGGCUAAGAUGUUUACUCGGCUUUUCGGAAAGCCCAAGGAACAAACCAAUACCUUGGCCACUCUCGAUAAACUAAAUGAGACACUUGAAAUGCUUGAGAAGAAGGAGAAAGUUUUAUUGAAGAAGGUUGAUGCGGAGGUUGAAAAGGCUAAGGAGUAUACCAGAGCAAAGAAUAAGAGAGCUGCUAUACAAUGCUUGAAGAGGAAGAGACUUUAUGAGCAACAAGUUGAGCAGCUUGGCAACUUCCAGUUGAGAAUUCAUGAUCAGAUGAUAAUGCUGGAGGGUGCAAAAGCUACUACAGAGACAGUUGAUGCCUUAAGAACUGGAGCAGCAGCAAUGAAGGCCAUGCAAAAAGCAACUAACAUUGAUGACGUUGAUAAGACUAUGGACGAGAUUAAUGAGCAGACAGAGAACAUGAAACAAAUUCAGGAAGCAUUGUCCACACCAAUUGGAGCAGCAGCUGAUUUUGAUGAAGAUGAAUUGGAAGCAGAACUAGAAGAGCUUGAGGGAGCAGAGUUGGAGGAACAGCUUCUUCAACCUGCUACAACUGCUCCUGCUGCUCCAGUCCAUGCUCCUGCUGGUAGAAUUGCUCGACCUACUCAGAAAAAUACUGCUGAAGAAGAUGAGCUUGCUGCUUUGCAAGCUGAGAUGGCAAUGUAGUCAGUGUUUGGAGUGUUUUUAUUCUUCUGCAGGCUUCUUUAUUCUACUGUGAGAAAGUGAUGCUGAAUAAGUGAAAAUGACUUGUCCUUCAAGGGACGGUGGAAAAUUUGAGUUGAAAAAUGCAACAAUACAGUCUGUAUGAUAAACUGAAGUGGUUAAAGAAACGAGUUUGCCAUUGACUUAAUAUUAUCUAUUUGUGGUUCCUUGUGUCUAUACAUACACAUUCUUGAUGUAACUAUUGAACCACUAUGCUGUACCCUGACAGUUGGUGUGUUUAUUAGCUCUUUUGCCGCAAAAGUUUACGUCGAA